AUGACCCAUUCAGCGCCCGCAUCCAACCCCGCAACCUCCGCGAAGUCGAAAGUGAAGAAUAUCUCCAAUCCGCGCCGCCUCCUAAUUCUCACACCAACCUCCCAAUCCCUCGCAAUAAUUCCGCCGCUCCUACACUCCCUAACCGGCGUGCCCGUCCUCGACCCGCCACAGCAGCCAGCCCCUUCACCAACCACAACCCCACCACAAACCUCAAGCUCAACACCGCCACCACCAACAAGCACCUUCGCCGGCUACACAACCCACAGCCCUCUCCGGCUCGAAACAAAAUACUACACAACGGAAGUCCCCGUCUGGGUUGACGAGAUCCCACUUGCGCUCCACGGCACGGAUCCCCAGCCUACCACGACACCAACCCCAACAGCCGAGCAAUGGAAAACCGACUUCUUAAGUUCGGAAGCUGAGAUCGUGCGCGAAGCUGUUGGAGCUCUCGUUGUUUGCGCGCAUACUCCUAGCGAUGUGACACCUCCGCCGGGCUCCAAUACAGACACAGACCCCACGGAGCGGCCCGACGUGCGCGCACUGCGCGACUUGAUGCGCGGUAUUGGCGCUGUCAAGGAACGCAUUGACGAGGAGCGCGGCGGACUCGGCGAUGUUCCCGGUGUGUUUGUGUUGAUUGGGGGGAGGAAGAGUGCUGCGGGUGUUGGUGCGCGUCAGCAGAGAUCCAAGGAUAUCGAUGCAGAGCUGGGGCUUGGUGUUGAUGAUGGGGAUUUAGGUGGUGGGGAUAUGGUGCCGUUUUCGGUUGGGUGGUGGGAGGAUCAGUUCUUCGAUAUGGGGCUGUUGGGAUGGGAGAUUAUUGAGUGGGAUCCUAAGGAGAGUUCGGAGGUUGAGACGAGGAAUCAAUAUGGGGAACGUGAAGGUAUGCCUCGUAUAAAAGAGGUCCUUGAGACUCAUGACUGGUCUAUGGCUGGAGGUAACUCUGGCUUUGACGGAGAUGAUGAUCCUGAUAUGGAUUCCGAGGAUGACCUCCAAGACCAACUAUUAGGUCUCGGUAGCUCUCGUGGGUUUGGUGAUGAGGUCCAUGAAUUAGAGCGUGAAAUGUUCGGUUUGCGAAUGGCAAUUGAGCGUGGAGGUGGUGAUGGCGAUGAGAGAGACGACUCUGAUCAUGAUGAUGGCGAGGACGAGAUUGAUGUCGAAAGCAUGGAGGCAUUAAUGAUGCGCAUGCAGGCAAUCAAAGAUAUGAGCUCUGAGCUGCCGGAGGGCGAACGGAAACGAUUCGCUGCGAAGGCUGUGCAAGAUAUCAUGCGUGAGCUCUGA